AUGAGGCCAAACGUGUUAUUGUUAUUUACCUUUGCAUCUCUUGCCUUGCAUUCUAGUGUUGAAGGAAUUGGAGUGAACUAUGGACUCCUGGGAAAUAAUCUGCCGCCGCCCGCCCAAGUGAUUAAUUUCAUUAAGUCCAAAAACAUUCAAAACAUCAGAAUUUUUGAUCCUAACAGAGACAUAUUAAAGGCAUUAGAGGGUUCUGGCCUUUCUGUAAUUCUUGGUACUCGAAAUGAAGACCUGGAAAGACUUGCAAGUGAUCCAACUUUUGCAACAAAUUGGGUACUCACUAACGUCAUUCCACAUGCUUCAACUGUUAAUAUUGCAUACAUAUCAGCAGGUAAUGAAGUUAUACCAGGACCGUUAGCAACUUUUGUACUAGGAGCCUUGCAAAAUCUGGACUCCGCACUGAAAUCGAACAAUCUUAAUAUAUCCGUUUCGACAACAAUCUCGUUACAAGUUUUAGCAAACUCGUAUCCCCCUUCGAAUGGAGCAUUCUCCGAGGAUGCCAUUCAAUUCAUGCAGCCAAUUACACAAUUUUUAACUGCAAGGAAAUUUCCGUUAUUGUCUAACGUCUAUCCUUAUUUUGCCUAUUCUGGAAAUCCCGAUCAAAUUCAGUUAAGCUAUGCACUUUUCCGGAAUACGUCUCCAACUGUGAGUGAUGGUACAUUCCAAUACAACAACCUAUAUGAUGCAAUGGUGGACACUCUAUAUGCUGCAUUAGAGAAAGUUGGGCAACCUACGGUAGAAGUUGUGGUUACAGAGACAGGGUGGCCGAGUGCUGGCGAUGUCUAUGCAACUAUAGACAAUGCUCAAAUAUAUGCAAACAAUUUGAUUGCACAUGUUUCUUCUGGUCAAGGAACUCCUAGGAGGCCUGGAAAAGUUUUGAAGACAUACAUUUUUGCUCUCUUCAAUGAGAAUCAAAAGCCCGCUGGCGCCGAGCAAAAUUUUGGUUUAUUCUAUCCCGAUAUGACUGAGGUUUACCAUGUCAACUUAAUACCCUAG